CACAAAUUUGCAAACUUCCUCCGAUGCAAUUUGGUGAAAAAUUCAACAUGAUUUUUGACUGACCUAACUGAUUAUCAUACUGUCCCUUGAACACGACAAUACUUACGAAAUAAGCAGUAAAACGUAUAUAUUGAGUCACUUUUUUAACAGAAGUUCGUGGCCAUUUGUAAAUAAUAUAUUGACCAAUUACAAAACUGAUGAGAAAAUGCUCUCGCUUUCUCAGUAUUUUCUCUAAUGGGUGAUUUGAUUGGUUCAUAGGGUGACGCCUUUUUGGGAAAUCCUAUGGAAGUUUCCCGAUGUUCUGAUGAAAUAUUGUAAUUGUCAAAAUCUGAUUAUUUUAUUGUAGAAAAUCUAUCGAAAAUUCAAAAUUAAUUUUGUAUGGUAAAUUUGUAGAAUAUGUCGGCAUAACGUCGUCAAGACGAAGUAUUGCGCAAUCACAUAACGUGGAAGGCCAGAGGAUUCCCCACGUCGAUUGACGUCAGAGCUAAAUUUAUAAACCAAUGAAAAUGCUAGAAAAUGACAUCAUGUUCUUAAAAUAGUACAAGAGCACCAAGCUAGUAAAUAGUCAGAAAAUAGUGCUAAUUGAUUUUAAUCUAUUUCAUUACAUUAUGCAAAAAAGUUAUGUUAUUUUAUAUAUUUUAAGAUCAGCAUAACUCAUCAUAACACAUAUUGUCUAUAUUAUGUUCAAAUGAGCUCCUAAAACUGGUGAAUUUGAUAAAAGUACACGCGUAUUGAUAUAUGUACAAAGCAAAAUUUCCAAGUACCAGUAUAAAUUCUACGUCACUCUUUUGACCUCGCACUACAUUUAGAAAACUCCUACGAAGAAGAACGUGACAUUUUUAUUGAAUUUGGCAAAUAUCUGCCAAAUUAUCGUCCAAGAGGACUCAAGUUUGUGACUGUUCUUAUCCUACAGUCAUCGUGUAUUCUACAACAAACCAACGGUUUGUUCAGGACAUAAUCAAAACGGCAUUCGAACAUUUUGACGAGUCAAACACAUCACCAUGUGGAAACAUUAUGGAACCACCGAACUUUUAUGAGGACAGGAAUAUAAAUCGCACCUCAUUUUCGUUCCAGGAUGGCGACCAUGUGGCUGAUGUUACAGAUCUAGAUCCUACUUUGGAAAGUAGCUUCAAUAUUCAGGAAUUCCUCGCCACAAACAGCGAACUUUUCCCCGACUUUUUGGAAGAAAAGUCUACCCCGAAGGCAAGUUCAAACUUGUCCGAUUCUGACAUUAUUUGUGAAAUAAAGGCAGCUUUGGAAGCUGACUCAGCAAAAAUCGAGAGGUCGAUGCCUGCAUUCAACAGUGAAAAUAAUCUUGGGGGUUCCUGGGCUGAGAGCGUUGUUACGAUCAAACGUGAGGACAUAUCGCCAGCUGUUACACCCGGGCCAAGCGCAUACUCCUCACCUACACACUCGGCCAGCUACUACGAAACACCUGUUACAUCGCCUUGUAGUAGUGUUGGUAUACCAGUGACAGUUUCACCCCAGACUUCGCCUAAGUCUGGGUCAACUAGAGUGAAUAGGAAGCGUUCUGCAGCUGCUAAUAGGGAGUCUGAAGAGUAUAAAGCGAAACGUGAGCGUAACAACAUUGCUGUAAGGAAAAGUCGUGACAAGGCGAAAGUGCGACAGGUUGAAACAGAGCGAUUGGUUACAACACUCCGAUCUGAUAAUCAACAGCUUACAAAAAAGGUUGAUUUACUUCAAAAAGAACUAGGUGUAUUAAAGGGACUAUUCCUCAAUGUUGGACUUCAUUUACCAUCCAACUACAAGAAACUUAUUAGUGAAUGAUGUCAGCAAAAAGGACUAUGUAGCAGAAUUUAGAACUAUAAAUUAUAUCUCGAAUAAUCAAGUAACACAUGACAGUUCACACAUAUGUGAAUGUAGAGAUAGUGGACUUUACCCUAUGGGUAGUGUGGACUUUACAUGCUUCUUUGAUAAGCAGUCAUUAUGCACUUGUACAUACAGUCAUCACUUGUUAAAAUCAAGGACUUUUCAUCAUUGUAAAGGUUGUAGAUGUUCUCUUCAUAGAGCAUAUCAAUCAUAUUCAACUUCAAGAUCCAUAUAUAAAUAUCAAAUUCAUUUGAAAAAUCAUGUUCGGUUAUGAAAAUGUACACUUUUAGGAAAUUAUUUAAUUAAAUAUGAAAUUUUACUUCAUUGUUAUUUUAAAUUAUGAAUUUACCAUGAUGGUAUUAGAUUAGAAAAGGCAGAAUCUGAGA